AAAACAACCGUUUAAACUAACGUGUGCCCGCGCUGCAUUCAAUUGCAACAAGUUUCUAUCUGUCAUCAAAUGCUUUUGCUGGACAAAGUGAAUGGAAUCUGCACAUGUAUGUUGCAGUUUAACAUAUUAGACAUCGGUGUAAACUUUUUGAUGUACUCUUUGUAAGUUCAGUUCCUCGCUAAAAGCUUUGUGAUCGAGAAAGACGAAUAAAGGGGAAAGUUGGAGAAAAAGAGCUAAUAGGAAGUCAAUAUGCCUGUUUUCCCUAAAACUCUCGGUUAUCCAGCUGGGUAGUUAGAUAAACCGGACCUAAGUCUUAAACCCACCUCUGCUUAUUAUCAAUGAUAUUCAAGAGGCUACGUUAUGUCAUCAUCUCCACCAAACAGAUUUGGAUUUUGCAAAUUUUUUGCUAUAUUGGUCCCUGAAAUUUCAGGUAAAGAAAGUGGAGAGCCCUAUUGACCGUCAAUUCAGAUGACAGGUUGCCAUAUACUCUUGACCAGUAGAAUUGGAAACGCCGAUAUACUUUUUACGCCUUUAAAUGACAACGACCACUAUAAAAUAUGUUGACCAGAAAAGGCGAAUGAAGUUGUAAUGUUGAGAGCGUCGGUUUGCUUACACCCAGAAACUUGACUUAGGGUGGAUAUUUGAUCAGCUCACUCAUGUCUAAAACCAGUUUAGUUUUCCCGCGGUCCACUGUCCACAGCCUCUAGUUUAGCAUUAGGUUGUUUUCGAAUACAAUAUUGGUAAGGUUGAUUUCUCUGUAGCUUUCAUAAGAGGACUUUUGUCGUUCCUGUAAGCAAUCAGUACUCUUGAGAAAGUUAUUUCACGAAUCUAGGUUCUCUUCUCGAGCCAUAUCUGUGCCUAGUCUUUUCUGAUAACAUUGGUACUGCUACUAGUGCUACUCUGGCACCUCGUCCUGACGUGUGGCAACUCAAAGCCAUACACAUGUGCCAAGUUGUGCGUUACGUUUGGUUGACUGGGUGUUCGCGACUAGCCUGAUAUAAUUAUCUACAGCUACCAGGUUACUGGUACAGUACCUCAGUCAGUGUAACUGUUGGCACUAAACGUCCAUCCAUAAAAGAGUUUGAAACUAGUCCAUCAAGGUUAGGUCUCACUGCUGAGAGUCUAAUAUCAACCUCACCGCAGCCCUUGAUGAAAAUGGGUAGCUGGAAAUUACCUGUCCCUCAAAAUAUCCUGUCUUUCCGGUAGUUUGGUCUGAAAACUCAUGUUUUUCAAACAUAGUUCUACUGAUAGAUGUUAUUUUUAAUAUUUUAUUCGAACACAAAUAUUGGUACAAGGGGCUAGUUGAGGAAGAUACAACCACUUUCAUGAAGAAAGUAAAAGAAUGUUACAUCAGGAUCUCCACUGGCUUCUAUUCUGAGCCAUAUCUGAUAGCGUCUCUAGCCACUGUGUUGCACCAUCUCUAAGACCCCAGCCAGGGAGUCGUGAAGGACCAACAGAAGCCAGCCCUUUGCAGCUUUCUUUCAUAUGACGACACCAUGUCAUACACUGACCACCUCUCCGCUUUCUGCAACCAGUCCCAGCAUCGGUAAAUAAUGCACGACGUGGAAUUCUCUGGGAUGACAUUCGUAGAACAUGUCCAAGCCACCGAAGUCAAUGUUUAAAGAUGAUGACACCUAUUGGAUUAUCAUCUCUGCACCCGAACACAUGAUGCCGAACCUCUGCAUUACUAACAUGGUGUUGCCACUGGGUGUCAGCAAUUCUCCGUAGACAACGAUGAUCAAACACAGAGAGUCAUCUAACAUCCUCAACUCGGAGAGGCCAGGUUUCACAAGCUUAGAGCAGAAUUGCUCUCAUCGACGCGUUGUAGAUCCGACCUUUUACAGCCAGACUAACAUCACGAAGGCGCCAAAGAUGGCCCAGAUUGGCAUAAGCCGCUCUGGCUUUCACCAUACGUGCAUUGAUCUCAUCACUGAUAGAUGACUUUAAUUAAAGUUUCUAAUUCUCCAACAUAGGGUGUGAACCCCUAAGAUGAUCACCGGUUUGGGCACCCGUCACACAAAUCGUAGAUUUAUUCAGAGCAUAUCUAUUUAGUGCCUCCUUGUACCAAUGUUUAUGUGUUUAAAUAAAUAAAUAAUGCUUCCAAAUAGUUGUGUAAGGUCGCCCAUCGUGAUUACCUUUUUUGUCACCCUUAUUUUGGCUACCUGUCAUUGCCCCAUGUAGACUUCUUGUUAGUCUACCUUUAAGUUUCGUUGAUGUGUGGAGGUCACUUGUAUGAGUUGCCAAGGUGUUAUCAACUUGGUAGAAGCUUCUUAACCCAAUCGGAUUUUAUUAACCGUUUCGUUUAAGUUGUUAACAAAUGUUACUGCUAUUUUUAUAAAAAUUGAUAGUGUCCUUGUGUUAAGCAUCCUCUUUGUAGUCAACUUUAAUGGUUUGCUUGCUUUGCCGUAAAUACUUUCUUUACAUUUAUAUCCUUUACCUGAUAUCAAUUCUUGGUGUUAUUAUCAUAAAACCUAUGAAAUCCGUUGCUUAGUGAAAACUACAGGUAUAGUGUUUCUUUUUGUACUGUAGGUUAUAAGUAAGUAUUGGCAGAGCCCCCAAAUGCCUUGGUAUAGCCAAGAGUGGGGUAGACCCUCCCUUACUCUCGAAAUGCUCUCACAUGGACACGCGUAUACAGCCUCUGUCAGGGAUGUCCUACUCACUGCCUUCUCGUGGCGGGAGCGUUGUUCACAAAAACGAGAGGACGAAAAGCGAGUGUCCGGCGCUUUAACCGGAUCCCAAACCAAUGGUGCACAUGGGCUCCAGUAUCCUGAAGGAACAAAUGGCGUAUGAACCAAUCGUUGGUCACCGGCUACCAUGAGACUGCAUCUCCUUACGAUGCUCCACUGCCUUGUGGGUCAGACCUUUAGGUCAAAGACUCGGGGUAUAGCCCCCUAAGAAAACCACCUGCUUCGGUUUGGGUACCCGGGCAGUAUCACAGCCCACACACAAAUUAAAUGAGAUUUGUGUGGCGCAUGUAUAUUUGGUGCCUCCUUGUACCAGUAUCUAUGUGUUAAAAUAAAAUAAUAAAAAUAAUGUAUUGGCAGAAGCACAUGGACCGAAGUUUAUUGCCUACAGAUUUACGAGCUUAAGGUUAUCACUCAUUUAACCUUCCAUUAUUCUAGUAAAGGCAGUUUUACGCUGAAACAGUAGACAUCGUUAGAAUUCGUGAAAGUUGUCAUGUAUCACAACCAUAACUUCGUACAUUUUUACUCUGUAGUUAUCACAAACUCAGUUCUUAACGAACCGGAUAAAUCAUAUUCUCAAGUCCGGACGUCAUUCUCAUUGUAUCUGUGUGGACUGUUUACAAUGAACUGUAUCCUCAUUUGAGUACUUAUAGAUGGUUUUACAUUUGACUCAAUAUAGUUUGUAUGUAUUAUAAAUGAUUUCAUUAGUUCAGUGGUUAGGUUACCUAACGGUUUGAUAAGACCUGAAGAUAACCUGAGUUGAUUUUUAUAGAACUGAUGAAUCGGGCUAGAUUCUUAUUUAGCCUGUUUCAUAGUGUGGAUUUGUGCAUUGAUCUAUCUGUCAAUUUUUUUCACUUUUCAAGGUUCAAGAUAUAUAAUGUUUUGGGAAUGGCUGAAAGUUUGAGAAACUUGCCUAUUUACAAGAAAGAUAGUUUUACUCAGUUCGUCCCUCAUUCUCGAAGUACUGAAUCCCGAAUUACUUAUGUUUGUACCUCCAACCGUAAUCGUUCGUGGGUCAUUAAUGGAGGUCGGCAUAUGUUUUAUGAUUUAAGUCUUGAUAGCAAAAGGGAACAGUACAUUUCUUCUCAGACGGGGAAAGAUGAUGUUGAGUGUCCUCCAAAUAAAAUCCCUCGUCUAAGUGCUUUAUAAUUUAUGCCGUAUUAAAACUUUUUGUUUUGUAGAUUAUUUAUUGUAUUUUAUCUACUUCAGACAUCUGUAAAUAUUUUUGAAACUCAAAUAUUACUUCUAAAGUUUUUUCUUUACUCCUGUUCGAAUGGGUAACUUGACAGACUUAAUGUAUUUACUGAAAUAACUUACUGAAGCUAUCCUCUAUUCUGUAAUACAACCUGUGGUGAGCUUAAUAAAUCCAUUUUAAAUGGA